CCGAAGUAAACGUUACUGUGACGCGUUACUAGCAGCCAAAUAACAGCUGUGGUCUGAAUUGUUAUGUUAUUUACAAGCGGCGAUUCUAGCAAUGGAUUUUAAAGAUAAUUUUAAUCAGGAUGUUGAUAAGGUUUCAAUACAAAAAGAAAUAUUCUCAGCCAUUCUCCAUGGUAAUAAUUAUAAAAUGGCAGAACUACUGAAGAAAGCAAAUGCUACUGAUAUGUGGAAGGGUCUGACAUAUCUACAUCAAGUUGCUCUGAGUAACAAAUUAAAAUUAGUGGCAGCCUUCUAUGCCUUGUGUGAUUAUGGAAAAUUGAUGGAGCUUGUGGCAGGUGAGGAAUCAGAGUACGCUGGACUCACUGCUCUGGAAUUAGCUUACAAACUGAAAAAUAAAAACGUUGCAGAGAAGAUAAUUAUGCACAAAAUUUUUCAAGAUGGUUUGACGGAACUUCACAUCGCUGCCCGUAAUGGAGAUAUUGAAAAGGUGGAGAGCCUGUGCAAAAAUCCUGAGUUUGAGUUUAAUGUAGAUGUGAGAGGACUGUAUGGGAACACACCUUUGUACUCAGCAUGUGUAGCGGGCAAAUUGAACGUAGUGAAGUUCCUGUUAGCACGUGGGGCUAAUCUGAGGCAACGAAAUGACUGGGGCGAUACGUUGCUUCACCGCUCAGCACGGUGGGGCCAACUAGAGAUAGUGAAAUAUUUAAUAAAAAAUGAUAAGUAUAUUGAUAUUGAUGCAAUGAACUAUGACGGUUGCACUCCGUUACAUAUGGCGGCAUUAUAUGGCAGUGCACCAGUCGUGUUGGAGCUGUUGCAAUCCGGUGCAAACCCAGCUCCAAAAACCAAUAGUAGCCGCACUCCACUGCACUAUGCACUGGAAGAAGGACACGAGAGGGUUUUUAUGAUUCUUAGUAGUGUUUGA